AUGGGUGUUCACGUUGUCACCGGAGUGUCCAGGGGAAUUGGAUUCGAGUUCUUCAAACAGAUCUCAGAAGACCAAGAGAACCUGGUUGUUGGUCUCGUCCGCGACAAAGCUGCAACCGAGAAGAAGAUAGCGACAGAGCUAGGCAACCGUCCUAAUGUUCACAUCCUUCAUGGUGAUAUCACCAAGUACACCACCCUGAAGCAAGCCGCUGACGACACGACCGAGAUUAUUGGCGAGCGCGGCAUUGACUACCUGGUCGCCAACGGAGCUUUACUAUCACAAACAAAUGUCGUCGGCAAUAUCCACCUCUUCCACCUCUUCCUCCCUCUUCUCCUAAAGGGCAAGAUUAAAAAGGUCAUUAAAAUUUCCACCGGUCUGGCCGACCUCGACUUGACCAACGAUGGCGAGGUAGAGAUUGGUACUUUAUGCGCUGCCUCUAAGGCGGCCAUGAACGUUAUUGUGGCUAAGUUCAACGCCCAAUACAAGAAGGAUGGUGUGCUUUUGGUGAGUAUUAGCCUGGGUGUGCUAGAGGUGGGCCGCUACGUGGAUUGGACUCCGGAAGAGCUCCAAGCCUUGGCGGGAUUUGUAGGCAAGAUUGUAACUUAUGCGCCUCACUUCAAGGGCCCAGUGACUCCGGAAGAAUCCGUCCGACAAGUCAGGUCAACCUGGGAGAAGGCUAGCAUCGAGGGUGGAUUUGGUGGUGCGUUUGUCUCGCAUCUUGGAAACAAGCAGUGGGUAUAA